UGCGAAGUGUUGGAGUGUUACUUUCGUACGCGACAUGUCAUUGGCUGUUGAAGAUAAGGUAUCAAAUGAAUAAAACAUUUAUAAAAUGUUUUGUGAUUGGCUUCUGGGAAGAGAGUUGUGAAUCCGACUCUAGCGCCCAAUAUUGAUUGUCUGCGCUGUAAAUGCGUUGCAUAUUAGAAAAUUGUAGGGGAGCGUUGAAAUUUCAUUGACUCGACGGAAAAGUGCCUUGUUAAGGCAUCAGUUUUACCUCACAAACUUUCAGAGUGAUCAUUUCAGCGUUUAUCGUAUCACAGAGGGAUCUUCUUUGGCUUUUAUCGAAGUACGCUUGCACCAAAUUUUGUUGACUGGGAUGCCGCCAUUAUAGAAAGUGCAAGACAGGCUUUUUCAUGGUUCCUUUCCGAUUCAUUUAUCUUGAAACACCACCGCUUUGCUGAAGUGUAGCUGCAAUUAAUUGCAACCAACCUGGAUCCGUUAGACGAAUUCGACACGUCCAAAAUGGACGAUUUUAACGAUGAUGGUAGGUGGCUAUUUAUACAUCAGCUGCAUGUGUUGCAGUGUUUGCGACGAAAACCAAGAACAUGGCGUUACUUUUUGUAGAGAGAAAAUUAAAUUUGCCUGUUUGUUGUUCAGAUGACGGAAUGGACAAGUCCUCCCACGGUCGGCUAAGGAAGAGGAAAGCAAACCAAAAUUUUGUAAUCAAGGAGUAAGUACAGACUUUUGUUAAGCUCAAAUAAACCAGUCAGACGAACAAAAUUCCGUUGCUUCGCUUUGCAUUAUCCCUUUUCUUUGAAUUUUCUCUGUCUUUCCUUGCGUUAAACUUAAAUGUUUAUUUUGCUGUUCAGAGAGGAUUCGGAUGAUGAUGACAUUGAGGGAAAGGGAGACCACAAAAUGCCCAGGUACGCACCUUACUUUGUAAUCACGAUUUCCUGUUCUCCUAUCGAUUGAUCCUUAGGCUUAAAAACUUUCCAGCUUGUUGUGAAUAUCUUCAGCUUUUGUAACAAUAGUUAAGAUGGUUGGAUGGUAGUAAGGCUAUUCUUGAAACGGAACUUCAUCGGUCAAAUACUGCUCCGGCUGAGGUUGAAUUAUUUAAGUUUACUCAUUUUCGAUUGUUGUCUUUCUAGCUGGACAUAACACUUUUUCAUAUCAGCACAUACACAGAACCUGCCAAUGUUUCAUGAAAACGUCUUCACUGAAAGCUGUAGUUUGUUUAGCAAUUCGUUUAUUUGCUAAGCAUCAAAGAAACGUUUUUAAUUUCUCCUGUUCAUAGCAAUCAGCCAGAUGAUAUUUCUACAGCGAUCAAGUGAGCUAAUGUACAGUAAUUCUUUUUUACAGAACGUCUGAUGAGAAUAACAAAGAGAAAUUUGCAAGGUAUUCAGUUUACGUUGUGUGAUCACGUACGAUUUGGUUAUGUUAUUCCCGCCUGAAGGUUUUUGCAACUACUUCCAAGUAUCAUAGAAUAUACCAAGACCAGUUUAUUCUGCCACAUCAUUUUUUACUAUUUCUAUGUUUAUGUGUUUGAAGUCUGACGAUAUAAUGUUCAGUGUUUUCUUCUUUUCUUCAAAGAACACAAAAAAUUGAAAUUUUCAACAGUGGUACUUUAGUUAUUUUCCUUUUUUUAUGUUCUUUCUUCAAAUGAAAUACUUCUCUAACAGCUGUAAAUUAUAAUACUCAAUUAAGGUCUUUUUAAAUAUAAACUAUCCUUUCUUGGUUUCAACCAAAUACUGUAAAUAUAAAUUUUGUUUGUCAUCCUUUUCAAAUCACUUCUUCUAAACUGACAAAUGACAUUAAAUGUAAUGGUUGAGUAAUCUUGCUUGUCACAUCAAUGGUAAACCUCAAUCUAAUCUCUUGAAUGAGCAGUUACUGAACAGAUGAUAAAGAUGAAGCAAAUACUGGUGUCUUAUUUGUUUCAUCCUCAGAUGUUUCUCUUAACUGUAUUAAAAAUAAAUUGACAAUUCCAAAACGAAAGUAAUGUUAUUUCCUUUUGCUCUUAAGCAGUUUUUAACUUCCUUCCAUGUGGAUGCAAAUUUUCUGGGUGCAUUUUCCAAUAAAAAAAUAAGUCUUAUUGACGAUAACAAUCAUCAUAUGGCAGUCUUGCUAGCUACACCAGUGGUCCGUAAACUUAUUUUUGCUUUUGGGUGACAGGAAAAUUAAUGUUGGCUUUUACACACAACUUGACACAACUUAUAUUCUGGCCACCCUAGAUUUCAUAGGCUGAGUACAGCCUUGACAAUGCCAAUUUUAUUGUAAACUGUCGUCUAAGUUAACAUUUUUGUUACGAUGAAAUGAACAGUACAUUUGUACAAUGCUUUUGUUUUGAGAUGUGUUUUUUUUGUCAUUUGCAGAGGCUUUAUGGUAGUUUAGUAUGGUUGUUGUAAUAAAAUUUUUGCUUGGUAUAAAUGUCUUUUUUUUUUGUAUGAUGUUGCCUUUUAAUGAGUUUUGAUUCAAAGGAAAAUAAAAGUCAGACCAAGGGUAAAAUUGAACUGCACUUUGAGCAAUACUAUUUUUCACAGAAUACUAAUCAUAAAUGUAGGGAAGAUUCACAAUGUUGUCAGUAAAAUGUUUCACAGAGAGAUAAAAGUUACUUUGGUGUGAGUAUGUUAAAGUGCCAACCAAAAAAAUCACAGACAACAACAAAACUUUGUUAAUAAGCUGAUAAUAAUAUAACAGACGUACUGCAUCUCUACUUUUCGGUACUACAAUUUUUGUUAUGAUCCAAACUGCUAAAUCAUUGAUGAACUGCUUCAAAACUAGACAUUUGUCUGGAAAAGUCUUUCAACUGUCUUCUGGUAUACACUCUUGAUUUAUCAUUGUUCUUUGUUCUUUACAUGCUGUAGUAAAAUCCCUCUUAAUUCAACCACUGUUUUCUUGUGACAUAUGGUUUGUUUUUAAUUAAAAUGUUUUAUCCUAAAAACAGCCAAAUUUUGAUUGGCUGUUGACCUGUUUUCUUUGAAUAUCUAAAGAAGACAUGUUGAAAAAAAUUAUUGAAGUGUUGUUGCAAUAGAAACAGAUAACAUCUAAUUUUCUGGUUUGUAAGUGUCAUCAGGGCAAAGCAAAAAGUAAUAUAAGUUAGCAAAAAAAAUACAUUUAGAUGGUCUGUGAGCUUUUAAUAGUGCAAGUAUGGAUUAUAACAGCAUGUUUACUUUUUAUUUACAUUGACAUUAUCUUGAUACUUCUAAAACUAAAAACUUAAUUAAUAGAAAUAGUGGUAGUACCAAUAAUAAAAUAAAUAUAUAAAUAAGUAUACUGAAGGAUGUAGUCAUAAGCCAUGAUAAAUACAAUAGUCAGACUUAUCUCAAUAAGAACACUUAGCAACUCAUUCCCAUCCAUGGUAGUUCAAAAGCAGAUACCCUAUUUAAGUGUCAUAGACUGUCUGGAGGGGAAUUGACUUCUUGGGUUGUAAAUGGCCUUCUGGUCUUGAGAUGGGACUGAUAUUAAGCUUGCUGCUUGUCAGUGCAGGGACUUGUGCAUCAUUGUCAAUCUGGCAAGUCUCAGCCUUGUUUUAAAACUCUGCCUUCCCAGUUGCUGUCAGGCAUAUUUGAUAUAAACCUUCGUCUCUUUUAUAUGCAAUACGUAUUUGACCUUUUAGAGUAGAGUUUCUGUUGUAUUUGAGGAUUUUUCAAAAGUUACUGUGUUCUUCGCUUGUGUAGUUGUGCUUUUACUAAGAUUUUUCUGAAAUGUUUUACAGGGAAAAUCACAGUGAGAUUGAGAGAAGACGGAGGAAUAAAAUGAAUGCGUACAUCAAUGAAUUGUCUGAUAUGGUACCAUCUUGCAAUGGGUUGGCAAGAAAACCAGAUAAACUCACUGUUUUGAGGAUGGCUGUUAACUAUAUGAAAUCACUGAGAGGAUCUGGUAUGUAUCUGUUUUAUAAUGUUAAUAUUUUGAGAUAUGGCAAAAUAUUAAUGUCAAUGGCAAAACAAUACAAAUUAUUUUGGCUUUGUCUUAUUGUUCACAUUAUCAUCUGUUACUCACAGUUCUUGAAAAGUUGUUUCACAUUUGUAAACAGCUGAAGCAUUAAUGUUGCCCUACUUCAAGAAUGAUACAUCUGCAUUCCUAUGGGUUUUCAUGUAUUUUUGUUUAUUAUUUAUUAUUAAUUCCAGGUCAGACUCCUGAUGUGUCUCACAAGCCAUCAUUUUUGUCUGAUAAAGAACUGAAGCACCUCAUUUUGGAGGUAAAAAAUAAAAAAAAAUGUGUAAUGUGAAAAAGUGGCAUGGGCAUCAGGGUUUUUAACCAGGCCAGGCAGUGGGCUGUUUGACCAGCUGUUAAUGUAACAUAAAUUCCCCCGUUUUUGGUCAUAAAUGUUUUUUACUCCAACCAUUUUCCCCUGUGUAUUAAAACCUUCAUGUUCAAUAGCGUAGUGAAACCAUUGAUGCAUGUUCUAGAUGAAGGUUUCAGAGUAUGAGAAGAAAAACUCGCUAUUUUUUUUCAGGUCUAAACAAACGUUUUUCCUUUAUGAACAGUUACAUGUUGUAGGUAUAUCUGUCGAACUAAUAGGAGCACCUGAAAUAUUUUAGGAAUGUUUAUUGUGAUAUGACCAAUCGCAGGGAAGAUCGGGACGUGUAAACAAGCCACAAAACCACGAACUAUUACAGAUGCUAUCAGCAGUUUUUUCCCGUGCUUGAUUUGUCUCUUUAGUAGUUUUCUUGACUUUGUUUGGCGUGAUGAUUCAAAAUCACAUUCAACUUUGAUUAGUUUAUCUGCACACACCUUGGCAGCCAUUGGGUUUGGGGAAUUUAACAGAUUGUUACAAUGUAUGUGUUUUAAUGUUUGAUUAAUGUGUACUUUUUUUAUUUUCAAUCCUUUCAGGCAGCGGAUGGAUUUCUAUUUGUGGUUAACUGCCGCACCGGAAUUGUGGUUUAUGUUUCGGACUCCAUAACUCCCGUGUUAAACCAGCCUCAGGUAUUGAAAAGUAACAAUAGUAUCAUUAACUGGUUAUCUUCCUCUCUUCACUCUUAGUUAGACAAUUAUGUAAGGUGAUCACUCACUGAGGUUGGGUCAGUAGUCAAGGCUUUGGCUUACGAAUGAUGCUUGCUAUGUAAAGAGAUUACAGUGGAACUCCAUCACUAUGACUGCAUUUUUCUGAGUCCCCAGUAGUUUGUAUCUUUAUGAUUUGACCGGUUUAAUUCCUGGUGGGAGCCAAACAGCCAAUCUGUGAAACAGUAACUCUUUUGAGAAAGAUGUUUAUCCAGUCACAACCCUCCAAGUCAAAGUUUUUGAUUGGUUGCCUGGUUUAGGGAGACUUUUUUUCAAAUCAAGUCUUGUAGGCACCAUGGUGACCAAAAUGGUCACAACUUGGAGGGUUGAGUCAGUGACACAGGCUGCUUGGAAGAAAAAAAUCUGAGUGCUCCCAGUAGGCUACAAACCUAUGACCUUCUGGUUACUAGUCCAGAUGCUCUACCACUGAGCUACAGGAGACUCAUGGGAGCUAAGACCACUGAGUCAUUAAGAGAAAAACACUUAGCACAAGCCAUGACAGGUAAUGACAUGCAAACCUCAAGAGAAAGGCUGCAAAAACAUGCGAACCAUUGCAAAGCAAUUAGAGCUCCCUGCUACAUGAGACUGCUGGCUAGCCGUGUCUCGAGUUUGACUUAGCCUAAUUUUCUUGUAGCCUCAUUUCAGAGUCCUUAACUUAAUGUUGGUAGUAUUUAGUGGUAGUUUGGUGUUCCUGUACAUCAGAGUUUGCAAAUUUUAUUUGUGGGUGGAGUUGGUGUGACUUCUGCUUCAGCCAAGUUUUGUACUCAUUUUGAAUAUUUGGAGUCAAGUUACACAACAAAAAAAGCAAUGUUAAACAAGAGUUAAAAUAAUAGAACACAUGUGACAGCAUUUGCUAUUUCAGUGUGUAGUUCUGGCACGUAUAUACUCUAUCAUGCGGGAAACAUGAAGUAGCCACAGCCUCAUGUGAGAGUCCGCUGACCUCGAAAGACUUGAAUCCAUGAUGAUCAUGGUUCAAGUGAUCUCUAUUGUAGUUUAGCCUCUACCUGUACACAAGUGAAUAGUUCUUCAACUUAGGCUGUUUCAAUCAAAGUGACUCCCUCCCUAACCUCACUGGAGUCAUCUCAAAAAUUUUGGUGUAAAAUACGCCAAGUUUAGCAUUUUUGUGAACCCUAGUCAGUGCCGGAUCCAGACCUUGAGAUAGGGGGUGAGGGGCGGUCAUCCAGUCUCUUAGAAAGGUGGGGGGGGGGGGGGUCUCCAAAAUUUUUUCAGCCCUUUGGGCCUCAGUUUGGUCUAAAAAUAAGGGGGCGCUGGGCCCCCGGGGCCCCUCCCCGGGAUCCCCCACUGCUGCGUUACAUCCCACCUUUCUGUUGUAUUCUUACUCUAGAGUGCAUGGAUGAAUCGGGAGAUUUAUGUUUUAGUUCACCCAGAUGAUGCGGAGAAAAUAAGAGAUCAGCUGUCUGCAACCGAGUCCCCAGAGGCUGUAAAAAUGUAGUUAUUUGAUUUAUAUAUUUAUAAUAAAUAUAACAAGCAGAAAAGGAAAAUUCUUUUAUAUGAUUUAAAAAAAAAAAAGUAGUAUUUAAAAUUUAUAGUGCGGGUAUAUUUUAUGUGUUUAAGAUACAAAGAGAUAGUGAGGGGAAGGAAAAGAUCCAUGGCUUUGGUGGUAGGGGGGGGGGGGGGGGGGGGGUCUCCAAAAUUUUUUCAGCCCUUUGGGCCUCAGUUUGGUCUAAAAAUAAGGGGGCGCUGGGCCCCCGAGGCCCCUCCCCUGGAUCCGCCACUGCUGCUGUACAUCUCACCUUUCUGUUGUAUUCUUACUCUAGAGUGCAUGGAUGAAUCAGGAGAUUUAUGAUUUAGUUCACCCAGAUGAUGCUGAGAAAAUAAGAGAUCAGCUGUCUGCAACCGAGUCCCCAGAUGCUGGAAGAGUCUUGGACUUAAAAAGUAAGCUGUUUUAUAAACAACUAAAAACUGAAGUGGAUUGUGUUAUUUUGAUAUUAUAAUAUUAGGAGCAGUGUUCGUACCAGGGUUUUCAACACUGGAGUCCAGUGGACCCGUAGAGAAGCUAAAAGGGGGUCAUGAGGGAGAAAAGCAGGUCACAAGGUUUAGAUACAAAUAACUCAACAUUUUACAGCUCUGAGUUCAGAGUAAAUACCUCAUACUUUCUUAAAUUGUAGAUGUCCAAUGUCCAAUUUCUUUUAAGGAAAUGUACGUAUGUGCAUGUAUGUAUCAUGUGGAUUGUAAUAGGCUUUUUUUUCCAUUCUUUGCGCCCUUGGGACCCCUUGGCUAAUUAUAGUGCGGCAAUUUUCUGUUGUCAUGUAUUUGAAAGCUUUUUGUUUCAAGUACAUGAAAGCAGUUUUCUUUAUGGCGUGACUACUUUAUGUAUUAUACAGUGUUUAAUAGCACAGUAGACUGGUAAUAUUAAAGUUAUUGUUUUCUUUUCCCUUGAAAGCUGGAAGUGUGAAAAAGGACAGCCAUGGAGGUAAGAGUAAGUCUUGAAAAAUGAUAUUUGUCCUUAUGCAUUAUAGACUAAGUCCAAGGUUUUUGGCCUUUUUUUUUUAGGCCAUUGUCCAGCCAUCUUGACUUAAAAAUCUUGGCCAAACCCAAACCCUGAUGCAAAAAUGGCUGCUUGAUUAAUAUUCCUUUGUUCAAAUUAAAUUAGCCUGACUAGGCUCGUUCUUCAGUACAAAAUUCAAAAGGAUACAUUACCUCAAGUGAGGCUAGUCAGGCUAAUUUUAAUUUAAACAAGAGAAUAUUAAUCCACCAACCAUUUUUGCACUGGGUCCAUUACACAGCAGGGCUGGUCUCUAGCAUUGCAUGGUGGCCCUUGACGUCUUACUUUUGCUCUUGGGCCAAACUAGGUUGUCGUUGUUUUCACAUAAAAAUGAUAUGCUGGACACCCAGAAGUUCACAGGUUCAGAGCAUUGGGCUCCAUACAAUUCAUAGAAUGCAAUGUUGUAUGGCCAACAAUUACAAUGGGAACAUUGAAAGUAAUCCUAAGCAAACAUUGAGAUCCAUCUUGCCCCCUCAGGUAGCCAAUCAGACCACAAAAUUCACUUUAACUUACCUGCUCGCAAAGCCAGCCAUGUAAUACAUUUAAAAUAAUGUUAGUUUCGUUUUCUUGAACACUUUGAAGGGGUACUGUCAUGAAAUAAGACAAACCCUAUGUAAUAUUAAUUGCAAGAAUUGAACAUUAUUGUAAUGUUCUUGAUAAGAUGACGUGGGUAACAUAAAAAGAUUCAAGAGCUGACCUAUCAAGGGGUAACCUUUUGUCAAAGUGUAAUUGUUUAAGCAUUGCUGAACUCAGUUCAAAGACGCCAAUUGGAAUAAUUAUAAUGAUUUGUGGAUUCCUUUUGCUAUUUAGCUCUGUCCAGAAUGUAUUCCAACUCCAGAAGAAAUUUUAUCUGCCGCAUGAGAUGUGGUCAAGAAGAGGGUGAGACCACAACAAGAGGGAAGGACAAUCGUCUAAAGCUUCUGGAUGAUGAAUAUGCCAUUGUGCAUUGCACUGGUUACAUCAAGGUAACAUUAUUUCUACCCCGUGGCUCCUAAGAAUGCCCCAGUCCAAAGUAAGCAGUUUGCAUUCUUAAAUCGACCAAUAAAACUGUCAGUGUUCUCCUUAUCAGGCGGUAACCAGUACAAUUUACUGCCUGAAGCAAUACUUCUAACUUCCUGCAACCACUUGAAGGUUUACUAAAAUUAAAUAAGUGCUUUUAAAAAUACGCAAGUUGUGAUCCCAUUCAAUCCUCACAGGGAAAUGAGUACUGUAUUUCCUCGAGUAACAGCUGUCCCUCAAUUAAUCGCCUCCCUUGUGUAAUUGCCUCCCUUUGAUGGAAAUAUUUAAAAUAAUUGCCUCCCCCAGCUCCCUCAACAUCUCCUCUUUCUCCUCUCAAGUUAAAAAUUGUCACAAACUCUUUUCAUGUAAUUGUUUAUAAUGGCAUUGAAAAUUAAUCAAGGAGCCAAAUUUGCAACACUGAAAAAGCCCAUGUUCAGUUUAUUGAUGUGAUUAUUUUUCAAUUUACUGGGAUAAUGAAACAUGAAAUAAUCGCCAAAAGGUUUCCAUUUUGAGGUCGCCUCGCAGCAUUGGAGUGCAACCCUGAUUUUACUACAGUGGAAUUCUGAUUUUUCAAACCACCUUGGGAAAAGCAAAUUAGUUUGAAUAAUCAAGAGGUUUGAAAAACAUGGGUAAAAUUACAGUGUUUGACUGGUGAAGGGAAGGUAGGCUUGGUUUGAAUUAUAAGGAAUUUCAAAAAAAACAGAGUGUUUGAGAAAUAAGGAUUCUACUGUCAAAGUUAACUUUUGUUGUCGCUCACAACAUUCUGUGCAUUGACAGAGUUUUGGAAAUAACUCGGCUGUUGGUGGCCCCGGAGGUGAUACUGAUCAUAGUGAAGCAAGUUGUCUUGUAACUAUCGGAAAACUUCAGCCAACAAGCGUUCCUCAGGCUAGUGACUUGGUCAGUUACCCACCUGUGACAGAGUUUGUCUCCAGACACAGCUUGGAUGGAAAGUUUACUUUUGUGGAUCAGAGGUAGUUAUGGGUUGAUUGUACAAACAUAAUCGUACAGUUAAGGGUAGGGUGCAGAGAAAGAUGUGUUUGAUAGCUUGGAGCUAGUGGAUUUUGCUAUCAGGCAAGUGAAUUCUGUUCUUAACUUCCCCAACAGCCAAGUAAAGGUUUUGGGGGAAUCAAAUUACAGAAGAACUCUAAUAAAUCCUGCCCAUCCAAAAAAAUUUUUUUUCAGGCUUAUUAAAAUGAUUCUUGGGCUUGUACAUGCUAGCUACAGCUUGCUCGAAUGACAAGCGUAUUGACUUUCUUUGCACGCUAAAAGGGGCAAAUGGGCCAAAGAUGGCCCACAAUGCUGACUUGCUAGAGCUUGUCCCUUUCUCUUUAGCAGUAAGUGCCUAGGAGUACUGGUCCUCUGGUAACCAAUGAUAUACACCCAAGGCCAGUUAUUAAAACAGAGUUGAAAACAGUUCAACAAUACCCUGCUCACAGGUUUUUAAAUUUGGCCAAUCCUCGCUUGAAAAAAAUGUUUGCAGUUGUCAUUGACAAGGCUGACAUAAGUAUUAUUUAUCUUUUUAAGUCGACACCUUACAAAAAGAUUUGGAGGCCUAAGAACCCCCGCAGGUCUUAGAGAUUGUUUAAAUAAUUGCCUGCCUCUAUCUUCUCCCAGCUGUAGUGUACAUUGUAUGUGCAUGUUGUGAAACUAAUGGAAACUGUAAAACAAGUAACGUGGCAUCACAAACACUAUCUUGGUACCAUGACACAAACAAGAGUUCCUCCACAUAAAUUUUGUGGAUUCCUAUCUUCAGUAUCAGCUUUUCUUGAACUCUGUGUUACAUGAGUUUAGUUCAAAGAGGUGACUUCAGUCCUGUGUUUGCAGUACUUGUACAAUGUUAGAGGCAAGCUUUGGUUUUGUCAGUUUGAUAGAGUUAAACUAAUAAUAGCUGUUUUUUUGUCUGUCUUAAGAGUUACAGAGGUAUUGGGGUAUAAACCUCAAGAUCUACUCAAUGAGCUCUGUUACGACUUCUUCCAUCCUGAUGAUUUGGAACAUAUGAUGGAAAGCUAUCAGCAAGGUUUGAGCAUUCUUUUCUAUUGAAAGUCAUUGAUAUUUGCAUAUAUUUGACUGUUUUAACAUUGAGAAAUUUAAGGUAUAAAAAGGAAAGGUUGUAAUCUUCCAAGAGUAUAAAAGGUAGCCAUAAGCCUGCCAUGAGCCAAUGGGCCUCACACCAGCAACAGUGUUAAACAUCAAUAAUAUUAAAAUCACUGGUUUAUGGGGCAAUAUUUUUUGGCUACUUUUUGAAUCCUUCUUCUUGCUACAAAUUAUGAACUGAAGGACACAGUUAAUGGAGUUGGCCAGAAAGGUGUGAUGUUGAAGGCUGUGUAAUUGGCUGGAUGUUAAAUGUAAUAUUAAUAUUAUUGCCCUCAAGUUCCAGGCUUGGUUGGGAUCUUUAAGCCCCAAGAUCCACAUACAAAUUAGGCAGACUGAUUUCCAUACAUUUCUUUUAAGAACAGUUAAGAGAAUUUGGUUUAAGAUCAAAGUAUUCUCCCUUUGGUGAUCAAUUUAGUAAUUCUCAUAACCUUUACUCUUGAUGAUCUGCUGAUGUUGUUAGGAGAAAAAUUGAUUUGUGUAGAAUCAAUCACCGCCUAAACUGCAAGCAAUUUCUUAUUUUUCUUUUGAGUCACAGUAGGUCAAGAGCAUAAUUUUUCUUUCUCACUCCCAGUAGCAGUCUACAUUGCUCAUAAACAUUACUACAUCUGGCAUCAACUGUUAUAGUAUAAUAAAGACUGUACUAUUGUAAGAUGACAAUAAUUGCAGCUGAAAUAAUUCUGUUGGCAUUACAUUGAAACCUGUAUUAACGGACCCCAUAUUAAGCAGAGUUCCUCUAUUAAUUGGACAAAUGGUUCAGUAUGUUUCAAAUGGUUAUUGUCAUAUUUUAAGUAAAACAAACCUGUAUUUAGCAGACACCAUUAUUAAGUGGACACUAGCAAAGGUCCCUUGGGCGUCGGCCGCCUUAUACAGUUUCACUGUAUUGUUCAAAUGACUGUCUCUGUCCAAGCAGUAUGGAAUGAGUAUUUUUUUAAAUCUAUUCAUUGGAAUUUUGAAAAUUGGGUACCUUAGCUCAUAUUACCUUUGAAUUUUGUUUUCAGUGUAAAUAUUAUAGUGUUUUUUGUUUCAGUGAUGAAACUGAAGGGCCAAACACUGUCUGUGAGGUACCGAUUCCGUGCCAAGGAUGGGAACUGGGUGUGGCUUAGAACAAGCUGCCACAGCUUUCAGAAUCCAUACACUGAUGAAGCUGAGUACAUCGUUUGCUCAAACUGCAUGGUACCAAGGUACAUGUCUUGAAAAAUUUGGGGUGAAACACUUCACCCAAUUUUUGGUUGAAAGUUGAUUGGCAAGGUAUUUUUGACUUAAUGUAUCCUAAGUGAGCACUUACAUGUAUGCCAUGUAUAUGUGUACAGUUAAUGGCACAAAAUAUUAAAAUUGCUGCCUUAACAUGUCGAAGGAUAAUACCCAUUAUUUGAACCAUCUUAAAUAGGUACUUUCAGAGCACAUUGAAAAAGUUGAUGGAGUACAGAAUCAUCCCAAAAAUGUUUUUCUCAGUACAAAUGCGCCCAAUCAUUGGACUCUGCAGUCUCCAACAAGCUUGCUUGUCAUUGUUAGAUAACAUAAAAAUGACCAACCAGAAGUGGUUUUUCUCAACAGCUCCCUUACAGGCCUUCUGUAUUAAUUUAAACUUCAUUUUGUCUUUUGGUGAAAAUGCAUGGGGGCUUUUGCUAUAUGCAUUCUUCUCCUUUUGAGGACAACUUGAAUUAUUCUGUUCACUAAGAGUACUGUUUUGAUUAUUUGCGGCAUCUCAGUAAAGCUAUGUGCAAAUGGACACAACAACUCCCAACAGUGUUGGGACUUGCAGUGCAUAGUGGAAAGGAUACAACUCAUAAGACUUUGUAAACCAUGUGUAAUGCCCUGGUGUGGCCCCAACAAUUUUGGAAGAGCUGUGCAAACAGAUCCAACAUAUCUGUGCUAUGCUUUGGAAAUCACGGAACAAACAAAAUGUUAGGAGUUGUUGGCUCAAAAUUUUGACCAGUUUCAAACUUUGCGCAACAACUCCCAACAACAUGCAACAGGGUGUGUAAACGGAGGCAACAUGUAGCAUCCAACAAUUUUGGGAGUUGUUGGCCAACAAUGUUGCACCUGUUUGCACAGUGCUUUAAGAGGCCAAACAUAAGUCUUCCAGGUUUUGAAGGCAAUACUCACUUUCCUAUUUAUCUAACUGUAGUAACAAUAGCAUGCAGCCAGUCACCCUGAAUCUAUCAAGUCCCACAAUAAACUCAUCUCGCAGUGGACCUCUGACUGGCAGUACAGAUUACUCUGAUAUCUCACCGCACCCAGACUUGACAAAUCCUGAUUCCACAGCUGCCUCGCUGUAUCAGAGACACCCACAACUUAUGGCUGGGCGAGAAGAUGGCAUGUGUCACUUCUCUCCUACUGGGGCAGUUCAAAAAGGUUAGAAAAUGCCUUAAAAUGUUAAAACUAAUCAGGACUAUACAAUACUAAGAUAUGACUUCUACAGGUAAAAGCUAAGAAAAAGUUAAUCUUAAGAUAUGGACUAUAUACAGUUACAGUGAAUAUGAAGCCACAAAGUUUUGCUUGUCUUUGUUUACUGGGAGGUGGGAACUUAAUUUGCCACAAAAUCAUUAAGAUAUUUUUUCCAAAAUUCAAGAAGAAUAAAAAUAUUAUGUCAUCAUUGUGCUGAAACACACGCAAAGCUCUUACUAAGUUCUGUCAAUUUAUCCAAAUUAUUCAAUUUCUUUGCAACUGAUUUGGUAAAUACUAAAACAACUCUUCCUCUCUGGCUAGUCGAACCUCUCUUGUACAGACACCGAAGGGACAGAGAGAAGUGUCCACAUUAAUUAGGUGACUGUAUUUUAGAGACUUCAUCAAGACUCCAAUGACAGUUUUAAGUGUUCGUAACUAAAAACAGACCACAUAUGUGUCUUAAUUGUGUCUAAACUGAUGAAUAUAAAGAAAAGAGCAAGAAAAAAGACUAGUCUGUCAAUGAAAUGGUCCACUUUGUGAGCACCAGGGCCUGGAACUUCUACUCCGUGCUUAAAAAUUGCUUAUGCUAUCUUAAUUUUUGCAACAAAGGACUACAUCUGAUAAUUUGGAUCUCAUUAUUUAUUUCUGUUUGUUUUAGUAUCACCACGGAUUGGAGAAGCAGGUUUGGAAGCCCUCUCUAAGGUAUGAACCUCUCCAGUUUAAUUUACAGCAUUGCCAGUGUGUGGUGUCAGUGGUGCAAAUUCCCUAAAGUGAUGAACUGUCCUUUACGAUGCCAGAAGAGCUGUCAUUAAGAUUUGAAGCAGCUGUAGCAAAUGAAGUGUCCACUGUAACAUCUCCCAAAAAUUUAUUGUGUGAUCUUUAGUUUGAGGUGUUGGGGGUUAUAGCCCCUAUUAGGAAGCUUAAGCAAUGAUGAUGGCGGCGGCAACAAGGAAGGCAAAAAAGCAAGAGGAUCAGAUUGGCAAAAUAACAACUUUGCACAUGCAUCAUGCUUUUUUGCACUUUUCUUAGCCAUCAUUGCACGACUACAAUGCCUAGUUUCACGUUUUGUCAAGGACGGGAACACAAUACAACAACUUUCUUUUUCUUUUCCUGAACUUUUCUACAGUCCUUUGGAAUUUAACUCCAAGAAAAAUUUUCCAACAUUUGACAAAUUAAACUAGAUGAAAUAAGCAGGAUAAAUUUUGAGGCAGUGUGAAUUUGCUUUGUAAGUGAAGUUUUUAUAGCCGUCACCGUCUUUGUUGCUGUUAAAAGCUCCCUAAUGACAGCUCUGGCUUGUGCCCACUUCUGGAGAACUUUUCCCUUUAAAAAGACUACACCAUGGAGUAUGACUUACCCUUGGUGAUUUGAGAAACAAAAAAUAGGCUUUUCUUUGACAAUAUUUCCACCUACAGAAACACAAGGUCUUAAUCGAUCAUACCCCUCAAAAGUAACUGCCACCACCUCAGGAAAUUAGGAAGUUAUCAACAAUUACUUGACGUAUACUAUGGUCACUUUAAACCAUCUGGCUCUCGCAAGCAAACAGUUUGAAAUACUCGCUGUUGAUUUCUGGAGUAUUUCUGAUUAAUGUCAUGUGCUUUUAGGCGAGUGAGCUCAGUGACAAGAGAGGAAACACUUCACCAAACACUUCAGUCACUCAAGUACCACAAAAACCUGACCCCACCCUUGUGAGUCCAGUUCCUCCCGGCAGUGGCACUGCUACACAAAGACUAGGAACAGGAAUGCUUCAACACAGCAUGGACCAAAAUAGUGGUAAUAACGGACAAUAAUUUUGUAUGUGUGUAGAUUUUUUUUCUGUGAAGACUUAAUAAGUCGACCUUUUAUCGUCAUGCAGUUUACCGAGAUGACCAAUCAGAGGUAAUGCCAUUAUUUUUUUCAUUAAAGCUGAAUUACAGAAUGUUUGAAUUAGUUCCACUAGGGUAACUUUGGAAAAUUAAACAAGCAUUCCCUGUACUAAUUUAUGCAUUUUCUCAAUCCAACAUGCAGUUCCCAAAAGUUUCCAAUUUGGAUUCUGUUAGGUUUUAACUUCAUACACUUGUACAGGGAAUCACACUUAAGAAACCUCCUUCUGAUCUUAAAAUAUCUGUAAAAUGGGUUAGACAAUAUCUGUUGAUGAGUGUUAUUAAUUACAAUGCUGCAAAAUAAUUUGUUAAAGCAAAAACUUCCUUUGUUUUCAGUCGACCUGGAUAAUCAAGAGUUUUCAGCUGGCCAGGCAGGUAGUCUUCUAGCAGCUUUGGUGCAAAGACGACAAGCAAUGAUAAAUGCUGCUCAUAGUCAGUCUCCACAAGGAGGCUACAGCCUAAUGAAUGGUGGAAUGGGCUCCAUGUUACAAGCUGGCAUGCCCGGCCAGCAGCGUCCCAUGGGUUCUAUGACCCCCAUGGACCUGCUGAGAGCACAGAUGCCACGCACCAUGGGGGAGAUUAGCUCCAGUGGAAUGAUGGGCUACACUACCACUAUAACGACAAGAAAUGGUCAGACUGGAGGUAACGCCUCAGUGGUUGCUACCCAGAGUAUGGGAGGUCGAGAUAUGAUGCCAGGUGCUUGGCCUCACCAGGGUGUCAUGCAGAGGCCUGUCAGAGAUGCUGAGAUAAAACCACCACAAACGUCAACACUUCCUUCCCAAGUAGAAUCAACAGCCCCACCAGGAAUGUACAGUGGCAUGAGACCAGGCACAGGACCAGCAAACGGCCGAGGGCCAGCACAAGGCUUUCCUAGUUAUUACCAGUAGCACAGAACAUUCUUUAUAUCGAGCAUUGUUUGGUAUUUCAAACAUAGAGAUCCAUUGUAACAACAGGACUUAACUUCUGGAAAGUUUGUACAUCUAUACGGGGGUGAAACGUCAGAAAUCUGGUCUGUAAAAUGCAGCUGACGUCUUCUGUGAAGGGUUUUGUUCCAAGCAGAAGGAAAGCUCUAACAAAGAAACGUUACAUUACUAUAGAACAUCAAUGUUCCUGUAUCGUAUACAUGAGAAUCCUUUUAAUGUAACUAAUGUUAUUACACCAUAAGGUUUUUAACCGUGAUACGGUGUUCUCUGUAAUCAUUGGUGUGUUUUAAUACAGGUGAGGUCAUUAUUGAUAAGAACUUCAGGUAGGGUAGGUCGUGUCUUCUUUCCCUUGUAAAUUACCAGCCAUGUGAAAAUCCUAAGAAACUCACUUGGUGCAUUUUGCAGCACUGGUAGCAGAUUUGUGAUUACUUAUUUCUGAUGUCCAUUCAAGGUCUGUUUUUUUUCUUGUAGUACAAUAAUCUACCAUUGGUGGUUUUUUUUCUUAUGCAUGCCUUAGAUAGUCGUAGGGGGUUAGAGCAUAUGUAGCAGAUUUUUACUGAUUUGUCUCUAGUUUUCUCUUUGGUCCUCUUUGUUGCCUCACAUGAACAAUCAAUGUACUGUUGGUAAUUGUUGUUGUUUUUAAUGGUUAGAGAGGUUAUUAUCCAGUGCUGUAACUACUGCCCAAACAGUGCAAAAUCAUGCUUCCUAAGAGGGUUUUGGUUUGAGACUGCCACCAGACAAAGUUAGUGAUUCUAAAAUGUGUUUCAAAUUUAAAAGGCAGGUGGUCUUCAGGGCUUCACGACUAAAAAGUAAAACUUUUUGAAACAGGUUAUUGAGAUGUGGUGGAGACAAUAGUAGAGACAAUCCAUCUUUCAUCCAUCCUAGAAAGUCACUAACUGGCUGUGGUUUUGCAGCAACCUAAACUUAUAACAGUUUCCACAUUGGAAAAUUCAGCAAGUUUUUCUUUAUGUCAUGGGUCCUUUUAUCAGUUUUGCAUCUUUGCAUUGAAGAAGGACAGGAAACAAUUACGAUUAUUUAGAAUGGUUUUAUCAUGGGAUAAAACUGACUACUUUAGUUUUCCAGAUACUUGCAAAGUUGGCGUAAUAAGUGAAAACGAAGUAGUGAAAAAUAUGAUCUUUGAAAAUAAAUAUUUUGCUUACUUAUUUACUUACGAAAGCCUUUGCACCUAUUAGUACUUAGGGAAUACUCGAUGAUGCAUGUAUGUAGUAUAUAAGACACUCUAUAUCCUUUGUUUGUGAUUUACAAACGUCUGUGGUGGAAGGUUAGACAUGCUCAACUUAUUUUUUAUGGCAAAAUAUCUUCAAAAAGAAAGAAAAACGUUCGUGCUGUUACAUAAAUCAUUAUAUAGAAAAAGGUAUCAUACUAAAGGAACCUACAUACUAUUGCAAAACUAAUAAUUACCCUUUAAUGAUCAUUAGUAAGAUGCUCACAGGUUACUAUAACACAGCUUCUAUAGUGGCCUUCAAUAUACCAAGGGACAUAUACAGCUGUUUCCAAAUACAAUUUUUAAUUUUCCCUGUUAUGUUAACUUUGGUAUAAUUUUUAUCAUUUGUAUUUGUACACUCCAUUACAGCCGCUGUUUCCCUUCUUUAGCGAUAAAUCAUCGGUUGUUGGCAGAGGGGAUUUGUCUUUGUGACAGAUAAGCUACCAUUGAAACUGAAAAGUUACUGUACCAUAAUCCAGGAAACUUAUGGGACAUAAUUUCGUAUUGCACAGGCUAGAAUGUGUUAUCCCAGAGGCACUGUGUUUUAGCUUUUAAUUAGGUACAUGUAGAUAAAUGGUGGUGUAAUAACUUAAAUAAAUCAUUUGAUGAUCAAGCCUUGUGAGUAUUAAUG